GCUUGUCCUUCCUCUGCUCGGUGACCACUGUUACAUAACCAUCCCGCCGACGUGAGCGGCCAAUUCGUCUCCACUGGCAGCCCGCCCAUGCCCAGCCAAGGCAUCAAUCCUCGUACGCCGUCAGCCGCAUCGUCAUCAUCAGCCUUUUCCGCACCUUUCCUGAGAAAUUGCCCAUCAUCCGUCACCUGUCAGCGCUGUGACAUCUCUGUCCUCGAUCUCGACCCGACCGAGCUCCUUGACCCCGUGGCAAUAACCAGAGUGGCAAGCCUUGUUGCACGCCUGCCCGCCGGAUCCAACUCCGCCCGCCGCCCAACUGCUUUUCCCAAGUGCUACGUACAAUACCUUGCCCAACCCCACGAUUUCAAUUGCUGCUUCUUAGACAAGGCAGCGAGGACAACUGAAGUCGAGCUACUCCGUGCAAGGCGCCAGGUCAAACCCCUUGCACAUCUUCAGCCUUGGCGUUGCGCUCCUUGUCAUCGGGUUCAGCGCCCCGAGCUCCGUAAAUCCGCCCCGACGUCAAUCGGUCUUUGUCCGUUUCUCCUAAAUCCGACUAGCUCCCGAGCUGCCGCAACGUACAGAAACCCUUGACAUUGCGCUACUUCCCGCUUGAUCGAUCGAAAGUCAUCAAAAACGGAACGAUCAACGGGGCGCUCGUCUUCCACCGCCAUCAGCUUACUUUCCGACCUCGAGCGAUUCUAUCACCCUCCCUAGAAGGUUGGGGCACGCCAGGUAGA